AUGCCUGGCCUCACGAUAUCCACUGACUCCGUGUCCCCACGCACGACAGCCACACCAUUCGAGGCACAACAAGCACAUGCCCAGGCUCAGACUCAAGGCCGACCUCAGGCGCAGGCGCCACCGACAGUGCCGUCAACAGCAAACCCAUUAGGCAGCGCGCCACAAUCACAAUCCCGUUCAACCUCGCCAGUGCGGCCCCCAAUCAGUCCCAUAACACCAACACUCCCCGCGACCGAGCUUCCGCCGCUCCCAAACCCGCAACAACUCCCGCCCCCUGCCUCCUCAGCCGCAUCCUUUUCCGCAGGUCGCCAGACAUUCACCCACAACCAACCCGUGCCCGACGCCGCAGCGACGGCCAUCCCCCCACCGCGCCCCGAACCGAUCGACUUUGACGCGAACCCCGACGUCCUGGCCCUCAAGUCCGCCAUAUCCAUCCUGCAGCUCCAGCGCCAGAGGGCGGCCAACGACAUACGUGCUCUCGGCGCGGCAAAAGAUGCCGCUGCCGCCGAUCCCGAAGCGUUCCUCGCCGACCUGACCGCCAACAAGAUCCGCGGCCAGCAAGACCCCCUCUUCCCCACGGCGCAGGCGCACGACUCCUCAUCCUCCGAGGACGAGAGCGACGAUGACGACGACUCUGAAGCCGCGCCUCCAGGCGACGUGCCGCUGACAGGUGGAUCCGCCGUCGACGGGGGCCCGCCACGGCAGCCGAAGCCCAAGUCGAAAGCCAAGAGCGCCGAACCGCCGAAGCCGUGGAAGAACCUGCCGCGUCCGCAAAAUGUUGUUCGGUGUCCGCCCAUCAACUGGGCGCAGUACGCUGUCGUCGGCGACUCGCUCGACAAGCUACAUGCCGAGCAGCGGGCCCGCCCGAACCAGGGCCAGCCAGCCGUCGUGGGGUCCGAUGGCGCCUUUGAAUUCAAAGGCAGCACCGACGGGAAUAGGGCGGACUUUGUGGGCGUUGCGGCACCGUAUAUGCCCGGCCGGGAUAAACUGGACACAAAGAAGCCACGGGGUGGCCGGCGCUGA